GGUCAAAUUGUGAUCCUAAAAACAAGAUGGGUUUUUUUUGUGAGUCCCCCACCUUUGCCAUGAAGUAAUCAGAGACUAGUGUUCCUAAGAUCGUGACCCCUCACUUUAGUCCAUAAACUCUUGUUUUCAACCAAGCCUACUUGAUAAUAUAAAAACCCUUGAUAGCAAGUAAUAAAUUAUUACCCGUGAAUUGUGUUGCUUUCGAAAAAGCAAAAGUGUACGUAAUUGUUCCUUGUUCCCUUUGGUUUCCGAUAAAACACACAUCGAUAACGGUUUGCAACAUGGUUUAUAUGAAUUUAUUAGUAGCUCUAGUCGAUCGACAUGCCGACUGCCAUGCAAAAGACACAAUGUUUGACAUCUGUGCUUGUUGUCCGAAUGGACAAUAAGAUAUUAACAAAACUAAAGAGCUGAUUGGGCAGCAUCGUCUGCCUUAGCCAAAGUUGUGGGAACCUCUGUUUUUACAUCAUUUGUUAUAAUGAAAUGCUCAUGAAUAGAAGUAUUUAGAGUACUUUAAAUUCUAAAAGGUAUCCGGAUCAUCCGAACCCGAGAUGCGAAAGUCCACCUAUCCAAUGUGACUGACAGUCUGAUCCCCCCCCUUUUUCAGACUUCCCCUUUACCUUUAGCGUUUACCCAUUCAACACGUUCUUUUUAUAUAUAAAAAACAAAUCUAAGCGCCCAAAGUUUUGCCUAACCCAUCAAGAUCAGGAUUACUUAUGUGACACCCUGAAUUCAAAAAUGAAAAACCUUCCAGUAGAAUUCCUUGUUCCCUCUGAUUAAUGGUGUACUCUUAAUCUUAUCUCCAAUUUUUUUUUUGGACUAAUUCUAGUCAUUGUUUAAGUAAUCUUCACUCAACCCAUUUUCAUUUUUAUAACAUUUUUUCAAGUUCCUUUCUUCACUUAAAUUUUUCACUCUCUUAAGCCUAUAUGUAUAGAUUCUCACUUUUUUUUUUUUUUUGUAUUUUAAUGGAGAAGGAAUCUGGUUCUGUUAUGCCAAAUAAAACCUAUUUUUCUAUGGUCUUUCUCCAUUAGAAUUUCUUGGGUUUUGACAUGUAAAAGUGAAAUUUUUUUGUUUUUAUCAAAGUUUUGUUUUUUAUUUAUUUUGCUUGGAAUUGAAGUCAUCAAAGGGAGUAGGUAAGGAUCUGAUUCUUGGUUGUUUUGGAAGUUAACAAAGGUUCGGCUUUUAUUACUUUGGGGAGUUAAUUAGCUCUUAAUUACUGUUAGUAGUGUUGAUUUUUUCUGAUUCUGGAUUUUUGGGGUGUAUGAGCAUGGAAGGUGAUUUAUUUCAGGAUUUGGGUUGAUCACAUUGUUUAUGGUCUCCCAGUUUGGUUUUAAAAUGAGAAAAUUUGAGCUCUUUUCCUUGAUAUGAUUGCUCAUAUAUGUGCUUAUUGCCGUGGUUUUUGGUAAUUUUGGAAGAGGAGGUGUGUUUUCUUUUUCUAAUUUAGCCGAGAUUAAUGGAUCAAGAGGAAGGGGGUGAUAGGAUAGAAACUAGUAAGAAUUUGUGUCAAGUUGGGGAAGGAGUCAGUAGAAAUUCUAAGAAUUCGGUUAAUGGGGUUGUGUCUGAGAGUGUGGUUGUGAAAAAUUCUGAAGAAAAUGUGUGUUUUAGUGGAGAAAAUGCGGAUUUGAGAUUGCAAAAUGAUGGCUUUGGAUCGUGUAAGCAACAGGAGAUGGAUUAUAGGGGAGGAAUUGGUCAGCCGUUGAGUCAGAAUGAUCUGGGAAUUACUGGGAAUUCAAGUAGUUUAGUUGAUGGAAAUAUGUUUGACAAUGAGGAAAGGGAGUUGGGAGAGACAAACAAUGGAGUGGUAUCAAGUGAGGGGUUGGUUGAAGCAAGCGAGGAAUUGAUCAAUGAGGAGACAAACGAGAUGAGAGGAGUUGGUGAAACACUGGGUCAAGUUGAACAACCAAGUAGUGGGAGUUUGGAUAAUUCAGUUGACGGAUUUGUGGUUGAGACCAGCAUUGUGAUUAACACCCAAGAGGCAACAUGUGUGGAUGGAAGUAAUGGGUUGUUAGAAGUGAAAGACAAUGGAUUGGGUUCAAGUAAAGUAUUGGCAGAAAGGCCAAAGACAAAGCACGCAGAAGCAAAGGAAUCAUGUGUGAUUGAUAUAAAGGGAAGUGGUGAUGGUAGAAGACAGUUUAAGGAGAGUUGGGAUGGGGAAAGAGUUUGUAGAAUUUGCCAUUUGAAUUCAGAGCAAUCACUUGAAUCUACUGAUAGUACAUCAACUGCUGCAGCUGCUAUGGAUCUGAUUCAACUUGGUUGUGAGUGCAAGGAUGAGCUAGGAAUUGCACAUAGUCAUUGUGCAGAGGCAUGGUUUAAGCUGAAAGGAAACAGAAUGUGCGAAAUUUGUGGUCAGACUGCAAAAAAUAUUACUGGUGUUAGAGAUAACGGAUUUAUUGAAGAUUGGCAUGACCAAGGAUCUACCAGUGGUGGUGUUGGCUCAUCAGUUCGGGGUGGGGGUUGUUGGCGUGGACAGCCAUUCUGUAACUUCCUGAUGGCAUGCCUGGUAGUAGCCUUUGUGUUGCCAUGGUUUUUUCGUGUAAAUAUGUUUUAGCAGGACGUGAACAAGACCUAAGGUUCUUUCUUUUCAUCACCAUUUUUCGCCUGCUUCUCUAGCUGGUGCUCCUUUGGAAUUUGGGUGGGUAUGAAAUAACUGGUCAGUGGAGCUAUUUAGGGGUUAUUUCUGGGUUUCAAUGCCUCCCCAUUGUUAUACUAUCCCACAAUUGCAUUGCUGGCGUUGAGUUGUUUAUUAUUGGGCCUGUUGGCAUAGUUAAAGCUAGACAAGGAUGUCUUAGGCUGCAUCAUUACCAGGAGAGGGGGCUGUAUUUUAACUAUUAUCAUUUUCAGUAUUGUUUUGGAUCUAAAUUUGGCACAUGUCAAUUUCAUUCUGGGAAAUUCCCAUUAAACACAUGAAUGUAAUAAGAUAUUUUGUCAAUAAAUAAUUGUCUUGUAUAGAAAACUUGAGUUUUGGAAUCACAUUUUUUUUUUUGGUUAAAGAAACCUGGGUUUGAUCAUUUUAGGAAGUCAAAUUAACCAGGGAAUAUGUGAUAUAUCACUUCCUUUUGGCUCCUUGCACAAGCACAAACAAUGGGUCUUACUCUUUAUAAAUUUACCCGAGUGUUGGGUGCAUCUUAUAUUGCAAUCUUCAAGCAACAUAAUCGAUCCCAAAUAAUCAUGAAUGAAAUUCAGAUCUGCUACUGAAUAGCUUAUGCGACCUCUCGGUUUAGUGCCAAAUGGGUUGGACCUGUUUCCUCACUCGAGCGCACAAAAUACUUGAAUUUGGUUAAGUGAUCAUAAUGACUUUCAAGUUUCAACUAGAUCUGUCAAGAAGAGGCUAACUUGUUUUGGGUUACACUGGAUUUUAUCAUUUUCCAGGAAAAUUGACCUGGUUUGAAGUUUCG